AUGUUUGGUUCGGUUUUUACGUCAACACACCUCCCCACUGGCCAGCUAGUUGCGAUCAAGUCUCAGUAUCAUGCUCUGGAAGAUGGACACAAAAUUAUCUCAGAGGCAAGGAUAAUGCAACUCUUAUCUGACACUGGAUAUGUUCCCAAAUUGUAUGGACUGCUACCAGACCCAACAGAUCAACGAAAGCUGCUGAUCGUGAUGGAGAUGGUUGGGUCGGGCGUGACCUUGCGACAGAAACUACAAGAGAACACUCUAGAUGAGAGACAAAAGAUCUUCCUUGCUAUACGCCUCACUAUUGGUCUUCACGCCAUUCAUGAAAAAAAUGUCCUUCUGAACGACAUCAAAGAUGACAAUAUUAUUGUGUUCUCCUCCGAUGGAUACGAUAUACAUGCAAAAUACAUCGACUUCGGUCACGCUUCAUGUGGCUUUGUGAAAAAAUACGGGGGCAACGGUUUUACAAAUGCAAGGUGCACUCAACUCGCACCCGAGGUCCGAGAAGGCAACCCGACAACACGUGCCUCAGAUAUCUUUGGUCUUGGGUACACAAUCGCAUUAUUCCGGGUAACCAAAUUGAUUGAAGUAGUUGAUCAAUGCAUGUGUCAUGACCCAGGUCAGCGACCAUGCACCGCAAUCGUAAGCCAGAUGAUAAUGAAUUUACUUUAGGUCGGAAAACCAUAAUAAUGCAGGAGUUGAACAUGGCUUUACCCUGACCUCCUUAUUGGAAAUAUAACAACUCCCCGGAAGCUUCAGUGGCUAGGACGAACUGCCUGAUUUAUAAUGACUGACGUUUUCUCAACCAAUCAUUUAAGAACGAACUGUGGCUCGGAAGAACAGCAAUACAGUCCUGAACCGAAAUAUUCCGAAUGUGUCUUCUCGGAAACCUUGCAAAAGUUCCUUUGUAGAAGAAACAAUAAGUUAAUUAUUUGUUACCAUUCUCAUGUUUUGCCCUCUCUGUGGCGUACAGCAUAUAUUUAUUUAUGAUAUUGAUAUACAAUUCGUUGAUUUGUGAUAAUUAUUCAUUGUGCCAAGUCUUUUUGACAUAUUUAUUCAUAAUUAUACCAUUGAAAUUAUUUUAAUAC